GCUUGGAGCUUACCCACCAUCUCAUGCCAGCUGUUGCUCUUUAGGAGUCAAGAUCCCCGUUUGCCAGAUACCUUCUACAUACGACGCAUCAAGGCAGCCUUCAAUUCUCACAUUGGCCAUCUCCUGGAGCCUAACAAUCGGUGGCAACCUCUUACUAGCCUAAGGGGACUGAGCAGUGGCAGUCUCACUGCUUGUUCCAUGACGUUCGCCCUGCCGCGAUGAACGAGCUAUUUGAGCAGUUCGCCGAGGCGCAGACCGUUAGAAACGGAUAUCUGCUCGCGCAGACACUGUCGCCAGUUGCGCCACCAGAUGACGCUCAUAGGCUGAGAAAAAUCUGGCAAAGCACCAACUCCCACAGCGUAAAGGGGGACAUCAAGCAUUUUAUAAAGACGCAAUCUUCAUAUCGGGUGAACCUCGAUGUCGACGAGAUUAACGGCUGGGUGGAGGUGUAUGCAGCUUAUUGGAAUGCCAUCGGUGAGAUCCUCGCGGGCGAGAGCGGGAAGUCCACGUGGACCAAGGUAUACGAGUCAUGGAAAGAGCUCACGUCCAUGCUGAUACGAGGAUACAACAACUUUGGCUUCGAGGCAUGGACAAUUCCAAGUCUCUAUCUCGUUGGCAAGUAUCUUCGGCUUUUUGCCAUCAAGUCCGACGACGAACGCAGCCGCAGUUCCGCCGAUCCAACCACCGCCGCUUCUCUCAUGCAAGAUGACUUCGAUCCAGAGUCUGAGAAGCAAGCGCAGCUGAGAGAUUGCGAACAGCACUUGAAGCGCAUCUUCACAUUGUGUUUGAACGAUAGAGCCCCCAUCGGAGAAUCGCGGAAAUGGGGCAUAUACUUUGUCAUUAACCUGCUCUUCAAGACGUACUUCAAGUUAAACUCGGCCUCCCUUUCGCGGACAAUUUUGAAAACCCUGGCCGUUUACAACGACAAAGGAGACAUGCCGUCCCUAGAGUCUUUCCCGAAGGCUCAGAGAGUGACUUUCAAGUAUUAUGAGGGAGUGCUAUUUUUUCUUGAGGAGAACUACGUUCAGGCCGAGAAACACCUUGUGCAGGCGUGGAACCUUUGCCAUAAGGAUGCAAAAGCGAACUUAGAACGCAUCUUGACUUAUCUCAUCCCGUGCCGGCUGCUCACCAGCCAUGUUCUCCCGACGAAGAAACUGUUAGAGCCUUUCCCGCGGCUCCAGGACCUGUUCUUGCCCCUUGCACAAUGCAUUCGACAGGGGGACUUGCGGCAGUUCGAUAUUGCGCUGCAACACGGCGAAGACGUCUUUGUCAGGAGACGCAUUUACCUGACGCUUGAGCGCUGCCGCGAUAUUGCCUUGCGCAACCUUCUGCGCAAAGUCUUCAUCGCUGGGGGCUUCGACGAAGCCAAAGAUGGAGACACAGCGCCGCCGGUUCGGCGGACAAGAGUGCCUGUAGCAGAGUUUCGCGCCGCGAUCUGCAUGGGAAGUGGCGGAGAGACUGUGGACACAGAUGAGGUGGAGUGUCUUUUGGCCAACAUGAUUUACAAGGACUUGAUGAAAGGCUAUAUUGCCCGCGAACGCGGCAUCGUCGUGCUUUCCAAGAAGGGCGCUUUCCCUGGCACGGGGGUUUGAGGGGUGGACGCGCACGCUACCUGAGAAGACGAGGCAUGAGGUAUGAUUCACGCUGAGCCACGACCGAAACAGCGCUGGUCACAGUGCAUGAUAGAUGAGGAUGUAGGUGUAUACACUACUCGGCUUGCAGCAAACUGCGAAUGUGCCUGCUGGUCAUGUCGAUAAUCGCGAUGCAUGUGGUGUUGAAUCUCUGAGUCGUCACGACGGUGUGCAUUUCGCAAGGCGAGCUAGUUGCCGGGUCGCACCCCCGUCCGUCCGUCCAGGCGUCCCCUGCCACCCCCCCUUCAGCUUUGACCAUGCACGCUCCUCCCGAGACUUCAUGACUCAUUUUGGGGCCAAAUGAGAACCUUUGAAGAGCAGUCUCUUCUUUUGCAAGGCAAGGGAGCACGAUCGUGCGUCAUAGCGCUCGGAAAAACACCGACGACCUUUGGGGUUAGUGUGGCGACAUUGGCCUGUUUACAAGCAGAGCAAGAUUGCCUACAACGCCGUCUUGCCAUCUUUCCAUCAUUCACGCGAGGGGGGGACCGUGGUGCAUGUGCUCACAUGACGGACUAGCCAUCUCCAAGCCUCUUGUUUUCUCUCUAAAAGCGUCCAACGAGUGCUACGAAGGGUAAUUUUACAGUCGUCCGCGUGGCGAGGACAUCGGGUCAGUCUUGCGUAACCUCAACUAGCGCCGUCCCAUACGCUGCCCGUCAAUAUCUAGCGGCUCGGGAUGCCUUCCAAAGAGAUAGACCAACAAGGAG